AAUACAAUUAGAAGUCAAUAACAGGCCGUCCCCGCCCCGUCGGCCCGGUGUCCGCUUUGCGGCACCGCGACCCUCCGCACCCUUGCGAACAUGGCGCUGCGCGCGGCACGGAGUGUGCGGAUCGUCGUCUGCAGCCUGCGCGCGGCCUCGGCGCCCGCCACGUCCUGCCCGCGGCGGCCCUGGGGGCUGGGGACUGGCGCUGUUCGGACGCUGCGCACCGGCCCCGCUCUGCUCUCGGUGCGGAAAUUCACAGACAAACAUGAAUGGAUAACAACAGAAAAUGGUAUUGGAACAGUGGGAAUCAGCAAUUUUGCACAGGAAGCUUUGGGAGAUGUUGUUUACUGUAGUCUUCCCGAGGUUGGGACAAAAUUGAACAAACAAGAGGAGUUUGGUGCUUUGGAAAGUGUAAAAGCUGCUAGUGAACUUUAUUCUCCUCUGUCAGGAGAAGUAACAGAAAUUAAUGAAGCUCUUGCAGAGAAUCCAGGACUUGUCAACAAAUCUUGUUAUGAAGAUGGUUAAAAGAAGACAAGGAAAGGUGAAAAUUUUGGUCAGCAAAACACAUGGCAGUCUUAAGAAGUUAAACGGUAUUCAGGUUUUCACUUAAGAAAGGAGAAUCAAAAUGGACACAGUGAAGCUUUAUGAGCUCAGAUACUAAGAUAAUGAAUAUUGUCUUAGCUUAAGUAUAUAAGUUGAAGUGCCAAAUGUGAUACUUUCCAAGUGGUUAAUAUAGCAUCUCUCUAAGCCAGCUAUAUAGUGUGCUGACACUUUAGGGUAAAAGUUUAAUAUAUACACAAAUACAUACACACAUACAGAUAAAAGAGGCAGAGCCAAAACAGACAAGCUGCUCUCUCAGUUACUGCAGGAAAAAGGAAGUUUCAGAUACCACCCUCUCUUGAUGAAUAAACAGCAAAUAUGAGAACCUGGAGGAAGUAUGUAGGUAAAUAACAUACAAAUCUUUCCUGCUCCUCAGCAAAAGAGAAAAUGAUUCUUGCCAACGUAUUCUGGAUGACUGUCUAUUUCUUUAUGUAAUCAGGUUAUUUUGACUGUUUGUUUUGGAAAUAGAAAUGGAUGAGUAAUAAUUACAUAGAAUUACUCUUUUGUUCUGAAGCCUGCUCUCAUAUGUUCCCUUAUCUGAUCUUCCCAAAUGAAGCUAGAGCUAGGUAGGACAUAUCCAUUAAUGUUACAUUUAGCAGAUAAGAAAGGUGAUUGGUGGAGUAAGAGAUUUGUUAAAUAACUGGGUGGUCAUGAUUAGAAUUUUAACAUUUCCUGGUCUGUUCUUCAGUUUCCUUAGCAAAUGUUACUCACAAAAAUACUUAAAUGGAAAUCUUAGAAACAAGGAUGAAUUUCUAAAAGUGAGAAGUAGAAAUGGCCUUUCUAGAGUGAAAGUACAUCAGUGAUUGUGGUGUCUUUCUAAAACAGUUAAGGAAUUUUUUUAUUCUCUCCUUUGCAAAGUAAGACACACUUGCUCUGUAACACCCACUCUUAUGAGGUUGUUCAAAGAACAGAAUAUUAUGGCAAAUUGCUUUUUCACUAUUUAGAAUAUAGGCCAGUUCUACUCUCAAUUCUAUCCUAGUGCUGCCAAAAACAGGCUUUGAAGGGCCUUCAAAUUUGACUAAAUGAAUGGGAAAUUUAAUUUUGCAAACCUCAUAUUCCUUUUAAAUAUUUUUGGUCUUAUAUAAUAGGUCAGUAAAGGUUUUGAAGAAUGUCUUCUAAUAAUUAAAGCUUAAGAAGUGGAAUAAGUUGCCUCAAAAGUUAAAAUUGUUUUCUUUUAAUUACCCCCCAAGAAGUUUAAAGAAGUUAACAGCAUUAGGUUUUAAUACAUCAGUAGAAGGCUUUGCAAUGACAAGCUGCUAUGAAAUGAGGCCAAUGUUCUAGAGCAACUCCCUUUAACAUCAGAAUUUCCUAACUUCAUGGACUUCUGGGAGAGUAACAAAUUCCACCCUUAUGAAAGAGGAAAACUGAAACCCACAAAGGUGAAGUGAUUUGCUUAAGUCUCCAUAAGGCCAAGUGCUUGGAUGGAAGGGGUAGGGGCUGUCUUCUGCUUUGUUUAUGCUAUUUGCUUAUUAGUUUUAUUGUCAAGGAACUCAGCUAAAAGUUCACAUUUGCUAAAGGAGGUCAAAUAGUUUUGCAGAUUAUAAUAAAUCAUUUAUAAAUCUU